CUCCCAAAGCAACCAAGUAAAAAAUUCCCAAAUAUUCAGCAGAGUUUCAAUUCUCAGAAAUUCAACAAUGGCAGCAGCUGCCUUCUCACUCUGUUCUUCUCUCACACCCAAAAUUUCUCACAAUCAAGCUCCCGCUGCGUUUUCUCGCUCCAGAACCAGUGUUUCUUUUCUCUCACACUCUCUCUCUUCUCUCACGCUCACCCCACGCAAACAAGCCGCAUUAUCGUUCACCCCAAAAUCGACCGAUGUAGAGGCUGCAGUUUCUGCCAGCGAAACGGUGAUUGAGAUUACCAGCUCGGAGAGUGAGGCCGCCGUCGAAACAGUGGAGCCGAAGCGCGAGGAGGUUUUUGCCGUCGUGAUGGUUGGAUCUAGGCAAUACAUUGUAUUCCCUGGUCGUUAUAUCUACACGCAGAGGCUUAAAGGCGCAAGUGUAAACGACAAGAUUACCCUAAACAAAGUGUUGCUAGUGGGAACAAAAACGAGCGCAUAUAUCGGAAAACCAAUUGUGGAAAAUGCCAUAGUCGAAGCCAUUGUUGAAGAGCAAACACUCGAUAAGAAGGUCAUUGUCUUCAAGUACAAGAAGAAGAAAAACUACCGAAGAAAUAUUGGACACAGACAGCCAAUUACAAGGAUAAAAAUAACGAGCAUUACAGGAUACCAAGACUCACCUGUUGUCACACUUCCGUAGAUUAUACCACGGUUAGGCAUACACUCCGGCAACUUGGGAAAUUGUUCACCUCGGCUUUUGUUACAUUGCUUUAAUUUUUUUUUUUUCUUUUUGAGAUGAUUAUGUUGUAAACUGUCAAUCUUGUCAUCAAUUUAAAUGUCGGUGUAAAAAAAUCCGUUUCUGAUUCUCGAAAUCCUAAUUGCUUCAAUAUUUUCCAUGGAGUUA